CUAUAUAGGUAGCAGCCGGUGCCGGAGCACGCCGUUGCGUGAGGUGCUUCCCGUCGCCCGGUGCUGAAGUGACGCCUCCUGCUGCCGGCCCNGCUCCGCACGCAGUUUUCAGUUGACCAAAGAAAUGGUGAUGGAGAAGCCAAGUCCCCUGCUGGUCGGGCGGGAAUUUGUGAGGCAGUAUUAUACUCUACUGAACCAGGCACCAGACUACUUGCACAGGUUUUAUGGAAAGAAUUCUUCCUAUGUCCAUGGUGGCUUGGAUUCCAAUGGAAAACCAGCUGAUGCGGUCUAUGGGCAGUCGGACAUCCACAAGAAGGUGCUGUCACUGAACUUCAAGGAUUGCCACACGAAGAUCCGUCAUGUGGAUGCCCAUGCAACUCUCAAUGAUGGUGUUGUGGUGCAGGUGAUGGGAGAGCUCUCCAAUAACAUGCAGCCAGUGCGCAGGUUCAUGCAGACAUUUGUGCUUGCACCAGAGGGUUCUGUUGCAAAUAAGUUUUAUGUCCAUAACGACAUCUUCCGCUACCAAGAUGAGGUCUUUGGUGAUUCAGACACUGAGCCACCUGAGGAAUCUGAGGAGGAGGUGGAGGAACCUGAGGAAAGGCAGCAGACACCAGAAGCAGUUCCUGAUGACACUGGGGCUUACUAUGAGCAGGCUGUCAGCAAUGACUUGGAAGAACAGCUGGAAGAGCCAGUAGCAGAACCAGAACCUGAGCCCGAGCCAGAGCCUGAACAGGAGCCUGAAGCAGAAGUGCAGGAAGAAAAGUCUGAGCCGGUACUGGAGGAAGCAGCUCCUGAGGAAACUGUGCAGAAGAGUCCUUCUCCAGUUCCUGCAGACCCAGCUCCUGCAGUGCAAGAGGACUCCAGGACAUUUUCAUGGGCAUCUGUAACUAGUAAGAACCUCCCACCCACUGGAGCUGUUGCAGUGUCAGGAAUACCACCUCAUGUUUUAAAAGUACCAGCCUCACAGCCUCGCCCUGAGUCCAAACCUGAAUCUCAAACUCCACCACAGAGGCCUCAGAGGGAUCAGAGGGUGAGGGAGCAGCGAACAAGCAUCCCACCACAGAGAGGACCCAGACCAAUUCGUGAAGGUGAACAAGGUGAUAUGGAGACUAGACGGAUUGUGAGGUACCCAGACAGUCACCAGCUUUUUGUUGGGAACCUUCCUCAUGAUGUGGAUAAAUCUGAAUUGAAGGAUUUCUUCCAAAGUUAUGGCAAUGUUGUAGAACUCCGAAUCAACAGCGGCGGAAAGCUCCCAAACUUUGGGUUUGUGGUGUUUGAUGACCCUGAACCAGUUCAGAAGAUUCUUAGCAACAGGCCUAUCAUGUUCAGGGGAGAGGUACGCCUGAAUGUGGAAGAGAAGAAAACUCGAGCUGCCAGGGAGGGUGAUCGCAGAGAUAACAGACCCCGUGGACCUGGAGGCACUCGUGGGGGGCUGGGAGGUGGGAUUCGAGGGCCUCCACGUGGAGGGAUGUCUCAGAAACCAGGAUUUGGAGCUGGAAGGGGCAUCGGGCAACGCCAGUGAAUACAUCGUGGAUGAUGACACAAUGGCACAAACCUUUGUUCCUGCAGAUUUGUGAAUUUCAGCCUUGGGUAUCUUGGAAUGUGGCCCUAGCCUGUUAUAGACUGCUACGUUUGAUACUAUUUUGGCCCUUUUUUGUUUGUGUUAUGGUUUUUUGUGAUUUUUUUUUUUUUUCUAGUCCUUGUCCCAGAUUCCAGCUUUGUGGAACAAUAUUAGGAAAAGUGGAUUUUAAAAAAAGAACUGAGUUUCCUUGCUCAUUGCAAACUGAUGGACUGGAUUUCUUGUACCAGUGGUCUUUCCUAAUGGAUUGUUUUUUCCCUGUAUACUGAAAUUGAAUGCAUUUCAGUCAGUUGGAAUAAUCUUUCAUCUGCAUGUGUUGGAGAGCCUGUAGGAAAACCUAGCACUUGGCAAGCAUUUCAAGGGCAGGAAAACUAUUGUUUAUUCCCUGAGGGUCAUGUGAACAUCCUCUGGUCUGGAGAUGUUGCCACUUGAAAAAUUGACAUUCACUCUUCUCUGUGGCGCUGUAAAAGUGGAAUAAAGGGCAUCCAUAGUCUUUUUUUUUUUUUCUUUUUCUUUUGAUACAUGAUCACGAAAAGGAAUUCUAACUACUGUUCUACCACUUACAAAUUUUGGAUUGUGGGAUAGGUUUUAAAUGUCUAGAACUUGACUCUUAAAACACUUUUCCUGAACUUGUGAAAUUUUUUAUUGAAAUAGGGAGUUUUUUUUCAUGUUUAGUUUGUAUUUGUAUAAAAAAAAAAAGCAAAAUUGUUGUGCCUUCUAUUUAUCUCUCAUUCCAGUCUUGGCAAAUUGUUAAAAAAAAAAAAAAAAUAAAAAUAAAAAAAGUCUAGAUUUGCUUUAUCAA